AGCCAUUUUGGCUCAAGCGGUUGCAUGCCUCGCCUGGCUCGGUCGUCCGCGAUGGCUAGCCGUGGCGAUGCUAGAGGGGCUCUGACCGCUGCCGACGGCGCCGUGCUCAUCGCGGCCGCGGUCCAGGCGGUGGUGAAGGCUGGAGCGCCCAGGCGAACGGCGGGAGCGGUGACACACACGGUCGGCGAUCUCCGCGGUGGCUUUCGCCAUUGCCAGACCCGGGGUGGCGCCUGCGGGCGCUGAUGCCCAGGCCGAAGGUGAACAAGCUCGUGGUGGUCGUGGUGGCGCUGCUGGCGAUGCGGGGGGGCUUCUCGCAGGCGGCGGCUCAUGCUGCGGCGAAGGCGGCGCGGCGGCGCGGCAGCGCCGCCGCCGCCGCCUGGCGGUGUGGCGCGCCGCGGGGCGUGCCGUGUCGCCUGCUGGGGGCGACGAUACGACCGACGGCGACGUGACGACUGCUGGUGCUGGCAGUGCUGGUGCGGGCCUGGCGCUCACCCUGCUGGCCGCGGCGAUGGCGGUCGACGGCGCCGACGGCGAGGGCGGGUCGGACCUCGAGUCCGACGGCUGGGCAGACGCCCUGACGCGCCGCGCGCGGCGGCGUCCGAGGCGGGAACCCGCGUCAGCGGCGGAGCCAGCGGCUGCUGGCGGAGCUGCUACGGGGGCGGCGGGCGGCGUGGCCGCGGCGGAGCUGGGUGCGGGGCCUUCGGUGCCUCCUGCUGGCGGAGCCGCUGGCGGGGCCGCGCGGCCGCCCCCCCGUGGCGCCAGAGUGCGCGCCACUGCGGGCCCCAUGGCAGGGCGCGCGGGCAGGGUGCUGAGCUGCGGCGCGGAGUGCGCGGGCGUCAUCUUCGACGCGGACGGCCUGCGGCCCAAGGAGCGCGCGGCGUUGGGCUUCCAGGACUUGGUCCUGGUGGGAGGCGGGGCCACCGGUCGUGGGCCCCCCUCGUCGUCUUCGCGGUGAUGCUCGGCGACUUCGGCUACUCGUCGGCGGUCGGCCUCAUCACGGCCGGGGGCCCUGCCCAAGGUGGAGGGCGGGCCCCCGCGGGGGGGGGCGGGCGCAGCCCGACGCGUCCGCGUCACAGCGCGGGCAUCAUCCUCCUCCUCCGCUCCUCCUCCUCCUCCUCCUCCUCAUCC